UGUGCAAUUGCUCCCAUUUCAAUGUAAGCACCCAUCCUGCUGUACCCCCGACCCUGUGCCGCCCGAUCUACCGGUGAAAGCGUAUAAUGGUUCAGCAUUGGCUGUCCACGGUAGCUGUCUGCUGGAUCCUUGGGUCGCUGCACCCUUCACUACCUUGCGGAUCCACGCCAAUACUUCUCCCCUCGAUUGAAUAUUUCAGCCUCCCUACUUGCUCCUAACAACCACCACAGACCCAAACCUCCCGACAAAUCCGCACCGACCGUCACAGUGGCUUCGCACAGCUAAGCUACUCCACCCACCGUCUACGCAUAACCUUUGGUCAACUCGAAACGGUUUCUUCUACAACAUGGCUUCCGAAGCAGCUGCCAGCUCUGCCCCCGAGGGACUUACCCCCGCGCAGCAGCUGAUGGAGCAGCAUGCCACCAACGACCACCACGUCACCGUCGAGGACGUCGUCGACGAAGAGGACGUUGCACACCCUGCCCCCUCGGCCAGCAAGGCUGACGCUCCACUGAGCGAGAAGGCUGCCGGCAAGCAGAAGGCCGAGGAGCCCGCUGCUGCUCCCAAGAAGCCUGCACUGAACACGCAGUCCGAGGAGGCCUUCCCAGCUCUCGGACCCGUCAAGCCGCGCGCCGCGGCCCCGGUCCCAACCUGGGGCAAGAAGCCCGCUGCUGUGUCUUCCGCCAAUGGCAGCAACGCCAACUCUGGCACCUCCACCCCCUCCGGCCCUGCCAUCCGCGGCCCUGCCGUCGCCAGCAUGAACCUCCCCGGCAAGCACACCGAGCGCAUCUCCUUCUCGACUGCGCAGUUGACGCCGCGCCAGCAGCUCAAGAAGCCCGUCGGCGAGAUCAUCCGCGAUAUCAACAGGCGCUCCAAGGCCAGGCUCGAGCAGAAGACCGGCCUCCACGGACAGAUCAUCUUCGAGUCCACCGGUCCUGUUGACGCCGUAAGGGAGUCUCUCAAGGAGAUUGCCAACGAGGUUGGAAGCAAGCAAUCCGUCGACGUCCCCGUCCCUGCAUCCGUCCGCGCCCACAUCAUCGGCCGUCAAGGAUCCAAGAUCCAGGAAAUCAGCAAGCGCACCGGUGCCCGCAUCCAAGUCCCCAAGGCCGAGGCCGGUGAGGAUGAGGAUACCGUUGUCAACGUCCACAUCGAGGGCAAUGCCCUGACCGCCGAGAUGGCCCGCCGCGAGAUUGACGCCAUCGUCAACGAGCGCACCUCAACUGUCAACUUGCGCCUGAAGGACAUUCCCGCCGAAUUCUACCCCUUCCUUGCGGGUCCCCAGAACAAGUACGUGGACAACCUGACACGGGGCAAGGACAUCGACAUGAAGAUUCCCGAGUACUAUAUGUGGCAGACUCAGGCACCUCCUCAGAACGCCCGCAAUCAGCCCGGAAACUUUGUGCCCCAGGCCAACUUCCCCAUUCAGAUCUCUGGAGAGCGCGUCGCUGCCCAGCAGCUGCAGGCUGAGCUUGAGCGCCGCGUCCAGCAGCUUCGACAGCAGCUGGCUGUUGAUCAGCGCUCCAUCGAGCGCGGUCGCCACCAGUUCCUUGUUGGAGACCGCGGCGGCUCCCUCCACGACUUCUUGGAGGAGACUGGCUGCAGUCUUGUUCUGCCUCCCAGCUCCGACGACAGCGAGGAAGUCUACAUUGUCGGACCUCCUGGCAAGAUUGAGCAGGGUAUCAACAAGCUUGAGGAUCUUGCUGCUGCCAUGACCAUGGCAACUGCUGAUGCUACCCGUGAGCACCGUGGCCCUGGCUCGCAGGCACAUGCCCACAACUUGACACGCUACUUGCGCCAGCGCAAGGCUCUCGCCGAGCUCGAACGCCUUCACGAGGCGAGCAUUGUCGCUCCCAAGGGCAGCGACGGCCCGACCGCCUACGAGAUCUAUGCUCGUGAUGGCAAGAACAGCAUGAAGGCUCGUGGUGACAUCAUGAGCAUCUUCGGUGCUCAUCCUCCCAGCAGAUUCUCAACUGUCAACGUUGACCCCUUCUACCACGAGUACUUGCGCGAGAAGGCUGCACCUCAGAUCCGCCAGGACACUGGUGUACACAUUGUCUUCCCCGACGAGGAGGAGGAGUCUCCCGAGCUCGUAUUCGUUUACGAGAGCCGCGACCCCUACGAGCAGUACUCUGUUCCCCGCGGCAAGCCCCAGAACGAUGAGAUCAACGCCUACAAGAAAGCUCUUCAGGAGGCCUCUGAGCUGAUCCAGCGUCUCACCAAGAACCAGCCUUCAAUUGCUUCUCGUGACCUCGAGGCCAGCCAGAAGUUCCACAGGAAGAUCCAGCAGUACGUCAAGGAGGAGCAGGAGAGCCUUGCACAUGACCAGGUGCCUGUUCAGCUCCUGUUCGGUGGACGACGACCCGAUGCUGCCAACCGCUCUGGCGACAGCUUCUCCAUUCGCGGUCCUUCAAACGCUGUUGACGACCUGAACUCUAAGAUUCUGGCCUUCAUCGAGCAGGCCGAGAAGGAUGAGCUCGAGCGUGGCCACAUUACCACCUUCGACUUCCCCCAGAAGUACGCCAGCCACCUCGUCGGAAAGGGUGGUGAGAAUAUCCAGAAGCUUCGCCAGAAGUUCGAUGUCGACGUGCAGAUCGACGAUGGCAAGGUCACACUCAAGGGGCCCCCGCACAAGGCUGAGGCUGCCAAGAAGGAUAUCCUGAGCCAGGCCAAGAAGCUUGAGGACGAGGCAACUCACAUCCUGAAGAUCAAGCCCGACUACCACCGUGAGCUCAUUGGUGCUCAGGGCAAGCAGGUCGAGCGUCUGCAGACACGCUACGGAGUUCGUGUCAACUUCCCCCGGAGGGCGAAGAACGACGACGAUGCCACAUCUCAGCAGAACUCCAAGGGUGGCCAGAAGCCUGACGAGGUCAUUGUCCGAGGACCCAAGAAGGGUGCUGAUGAGGCUCGUGAUGAGAUUCUCAGCCUUCUCCAGUACAUUGUGGACAACUCCAACACUGCCACAAUCUCGGUCGCCGUCAGCCAGAUCCCUCAGCUGAUCGGGUCUGGCGGCCGCGAGAUGGAGAACCUGCGCCUCGCUACUGGCGCUCACAUUGACGUUCCUGGUGCUCGCGAGGGUACUGAUGCCUCUGGUCGCGCUGAUAUCAAGAUCAAGGGCACCAAGCAGCAGGUCCAGGAGGCCAAGAAGAUCCUCCAGGAGCGUGUCAAGGUCUUUGACGACACCGUCACUGACACUCUCGAGGUUGAUCGCAAGCUCCACCGCAACCUCAUCGGUGGUCAGGGUGCCAACAUCCGCCAGAUCGUCACCUCGGCUGGUGGCCCCGACAACUCUCGUGACCUUGCUCGCAUGGUCCGCUUCCCCAAGCAGGAUACUGACGGUGACUCCAACACCAUCCGCAUCGAGGGUCCUAAGAGCGUUGUCGAGAAGAUUGUCGCUGCCAUCAAGGCUCAGGUUUCGUCGCUCGAGAACCAGACUACCGAGGUCCUUGAGGUCUCCCCUGACAAGCACCGUCUGUUGAUCGGCCGUGGUGGCGAGACUCGCCGCUCUCUCGAGUCGCAGUUCAGCGUCCAGCUGGACAUCCCCAAGCAGACCACACAAGGCGCUGCCCGCAGCCAGGUCAAGAUCACCGGCGAGCCCUCGGCCGUCGAGAAGGCCAAGGAGCACAUCCUGGAGCUCGUCAAGGGCCAGGAAGGCGAGACCGUCGAGGUGCCCCGCCACCUGCACCACAUCAUCUCCGACAACGGCCAGUACUUCCGCCGCCUCCGCAACAACCAGAAGAUCACCGUCGACCACGGCAACCAGCAGCCGCCGCCCAAGCCCCAGCAGUCCGAAGCCGGCAAGAGCCGCAAGGGCGCCAACGGCGCCCUCCCCCUCAUCACCGACGACGCCACCUCUGGCGCCGACGAGCACUCGUGGGAACUCGUCGACAACAACGCCGUCCCCGACGGCACCGACACCUCCGCCACCAUCCCCUGGAUCCUGCGCGGCCCCGCCGACGCGCUCCCCAAGGCGCGCGCCCAGCUCGAAGACGCCAUCAAAGCCGCCGCCAAGCCCUCGGCCACGGGCUACCUCAUCCUGCCGGACCCGCGCAGCUACCGCCUCGUCGUGGGUAGCGGCGGCAGCACCAUCAACAGCCUGCGCAAGGAGACCGGCACCAAGAUCCAGGUCCCGAGAGAUCAGGCCAAGGACGAGGCGAUUGAGAUUGUCGGGUCGCGCGAGGGGUGCGAGAAGGCCCGGCAGCUGAUCUUGGAGAUUAUUUCAAAGGGCGCGAAUGGGCGCAGGCGCGAGGAGUAAGUCGAUCGUGAUCGUGACUGAAGCCGUGGUUGAGGUUCAGCUUCAGGUUCAGGUUCAGGGCAACGCCGAGGCGCAAAGUGAGAGGGAGAGAGAAGGGGGAUAUAUAUCAUGACUUGCCACGAGGUGUCUAUUUUCUUAGCUUGGGCGGAGUGGUGUGCUUCUGCCUUCGAUUCGAGACUGGGGGCGGGGCCGUGGGCGGACAUAAAACGUGUGUUUAUGACGAAUUCAAAAGUUUGCCUGUCUC